AUGAAUGCUGGGCAGGACACUGCCCCGGUUCUGGCGUCCUUCGCAAUACCUGCAUGUUUUGGCUUCGUAACUUUGUCGGGACCGCUCAUGCUGGUACAUAAUGGGCAGUGCUAUGUGAUGUCGACUGCGCAGUAUCUGGGCAACAGUCAGCAGAUUGCGGCUGUUAGACCGUCUGGACCGCUCAUGCUGGUACAUAAUGGGCAGUGCUAUGUGAUGUCGACUGCGCAGUAUCUGGGCAACAGUCAGCAGAUUGCGGCUGUUAGACCGAUGCAUUCCCAGCAACAGCAGCAGCAUUACAUUCAGCAGGGUAUUUUGGCGAGUACUGCGACGCUUGGGCAAAUUGCACGAAAUUUGGCACCGAAGAUGACAGUCCCAAGCCUGCAAGCAGUUUUUGUUGCACGAAAAAUGACAAUCAUCGAAGGAUUGGAAAAACUACUGUUCAGUUUGGUUGCGGGCAUCAGUACUCAGUUACCAACUGCAUCAACUACUACAAUCACUGCUACAGCUCCGCUUGGCAUGCAGCAGAGCGACACAUCCUCGCUACGGCCGGCACAGCAACGGUCUUCCACCCAACAAUCGCAACAACAACAACAACAGCCAAUGUAUCCACAAGGUAGCUAA